AUUAGAACGCGAAACGGUGAAGAAAUCUAUUACAACACGGCGUUGUCGAGUGCAAAAACAACUCAAGGUGGGACUGUUAUAACGCGAGAGGCUGACCUCGUCACUGCACACGAGUUUGGUCACAACUGGGGAGCAGUGCACGACGAUUUUUCGAGUGAAUGUUCACCGUCGUACAGUCAAGGUGGUAGUUUCAUUAUGCACACGUUCGCGGUAUCUGGUUACGAUGCGAAUAAUAAUUUUAUGGCUUUGGGUAUGUGA